UUUUGUUAACGCUGGCCGGUGGGGAGGGGGAAGGAGAGGAGAUUGAGAAGUAAAAGCUGGCGUUUGCUGUCAUCCUGUAAAGAGCUAGCUCUGGCACUGCUGCAGCUCUCUGCUCAGCUGCAAUAACAAGUGACUGUACAGUGUAUGCUGUCAGCUAUGGAGAUAAGACAGGACUGUAACAAUUUACGCAUAGACCUGCUGCUUAUUGUGAAUUCACAGGACAAGAAGACUGAAGGUUUAAAGAGUGAGAUCUCUGAACGCCAAACACAAGUCAAACCAGUGCUAAGGAAGCCUCAUGCAAGUGGACACAUUAUCAGUAGCUAUGAAAGCCAUGCAGUUUAGGAGCAAUCUUCCAUUGAAAUUCUGCGUAUUUCCUAACCCACCAUGAGGCUAAUUUGCAUUAGCCAAUGAAACUCAUGUGCGGUUAGCAAUUCACCCAAAAAACAGUAAACCGGAGAUAUUUAACAGACUGCCAAUCCCAAAAGGGCUACCAGUUACUCCUGGAAAUGGGCACAGUUGGGAAAAGUGUCCUCAGCCCAGUACCAAAGAUUUUUACGGUAAGAUAUUCGUUAACCCUGUAAUUAACAUUAUGCAUUUUAGACUUUUCAUUAACAUGUCCAAUCUGCAAGCAUUUACAGAAAAACAUUUUUUUAAAGAGCUUUAUUAAGUUUUAACAAUUUUCAUUACAAAAACUAAGAAAAAGCAAAUAAGCAGCAACAGAGGUAAUUACAUAGUCUCUAGGAUUAAUAGUCUCCAAUAAUAAACAUGGAAUCAAACAUUCAAUGGUCUAACCCCAGCCCACUCACCUGAGGCACAACCAAGGAUAAUAUCUCAAUAUGAAAUGAUACACUUGUUCUUUAUAGUAAGUUAAUCAACUAUAUAUCCUACAGUUAUGCUAUAGAGGUAGAAAGAAAAAAAAUCUCCACAGCUAUUUAUUCUCUGCAGAAAUCAGAAUAACUUUUGUGUAUAGUAUUCAUUCAUGCUAUUUGGUGGAGUGCGGUAUGGCUUCCCCCCCCCCCCCUACUCAGCCUUGUCUCUUAAGGGUGCAAUAAAUAUAGCUGUCUUCCACAUUCCUUUUAUUAGUACAUCGAUAUUUAAAGAAAAUGUUUGAAGGCUUGAACUAAAAUUCUAAAAAUGUAUACAUUUACUCCAUAUGCGAGUCUAACCCCUUUAUGGUGGUUGGCAUUUUAUUUGUGUAUUAACAUGUUAAUGUAACAAAUCUGAGCUGUUCUCUUUAAAACUCCAAAUCACCCAUUUCAGGCCUUUAAAUCUUUCAAACUUCAUCAUAUUAAUAAGGAAUAAUGGAUUGAAUAGAGAAAGAAGAAAUGUGAGUGUGAGAGCAGAAUUUUAUGUCUGCAAGAAAAUAAACUGUGAAAUAGAGAGUUUAGUUAAUAGGGUAAGGGUGUUUUAUCCAGCCUAGGGGUCUUGUUGUAUAGAUGUGACUAUAUAACCUUAAACACUUGAUAUUUUGGUAAACAUUUAUUUACAAUCUUUGGUAUACUGGCUAGAAAAUGAAUUAAAGGCACAUAAAGAAGCAAUACUAAAAUGCUAGCGCUCUAUUGCUUGAAUAGCAAUAAAAGUGAAAAACUCACUGCUUAAUGAAAAGAAGGUCCAUUAGAAAGUGUAUUACUACCACAGAUGCUCAAUGUGUAUAUUAUUUCAUUGUGCUGAUUAGUACUUGUUGUAAUGUUCAGUGGAAGGUUAUGUAGAGAAAAAGGGAUGAAAACCUACAGAUUCCACACCAAUUGUAGCUUUUCUUGUCUUGUUAGCUUACCCCUGGGAUAAAUCCAACUUAAAAUCUAUACCAGUAAACCUGAAGAACUUUGAAAAACUGGAUGCAUUUGCAGUGCAGACAGGAAAGAAAAGUACAGUAGAACAACUUGUAAAUUCCCUGUUUAAGAUGGCGCGUACUGACCUGGAGAAAGUCCGGGCUAUCUGGAUGUGGAUCUGUCAUCACAUAGAAUAUGACUUGGAAGGUCUGGAAAACAAGUCAAAAAGGUCUGGUGACCCAAGUCUAAUUCUGCAGACUGGAAAGGGAGCCUGUGAAGGAUACGCAGGUCUGUUUGAGAGCAUGUGCAGCCUUGCAGGUAUUCAGUGCGUGAAGAUCGGGGGCUACUCUAAAGGUUACAAUUACGUAGUGGGGCAGACAUUCUCAGGAGAGACCAACCAUGCAUGGAAUGCUGUAUAUCUCAACAGGAAGUGGCAUCUGGUGGACACCACAUGGGGAGCUGGAUUUGCAGAUAGUAAUAGCAAUACAUUUAGCUUCCGCUACAAUGAGUUCUAUUUUCUGACUCACCCUGCACUGUUUAUAGAGGAACAUUUUCCUGAUAACCAGAACUGGCAGCUCCUGCAGGUGCCUCUUUCACUGAAGCAGUUUGAAGGAAAUUUGACUCAUAAAAGCAGCUUCUAUAAUGCUGGGCUUACUGCAUCUUAUCCAGAGACUCUACAGGUGGAAACAGUAAACGGAAAGGCUAUGUUUUCUAUUGAGGGCAGUUCUCCUGCAUUAUUUUCAUUUAUGCUGAAUAAAACUGAGAAGCCUGGGCUAAUCACACUUACAAAAAAUGGAAUGCAACUAGAGGUAUAUCCACAAGUGACAGGACGCCACAAGCUUGAAAUCUACACAAAACCUUAUGGAACAUCAAAAGAGAGCUAUGACAAGGUUUUAGAGUAUAUCAUCCACUGUGGAUCUGUAGUACCCACUUUCAGAAUCCCCAAAGAGCUGGACAUUAUAGUUGGGCCCAGCUGGCUGACAGAAAAGAAAGGGUUUCUUCAGUUUAGUUGUCAUGACCCUGUUAUCAAUACUGAUGAUGGGUGCUGCACAAUUGGUUUCACACUAUCAAAAAAGACAAUUGUCAUAGCAACAUUACAUUCUGAUUCCAUUAAACCUGGAGAUGAGUGGAGAUACGUUUUGCAGACAAUGCGUGGAAACAGAACAGAGUUUAAAAUCAACCUACCAAAACAAGGAUACUAUGCCCUCAAAUUACAUUACUCCACCAGCCCAGGGAAGUUUGAUUGCUUUUGCAAUUACCUUAUUGUUUGUAUGAACCCAGAAGUAGAAUGGCCUCCCUUUCCGAGAAAGUUGCAGAAUCCUGUUGGACCCUCUGCAUUAAUGGAGAAAAAAGGUCUUCUUCAGCCAUCUCAUCGGGACCCUAUUAUUUAUACAUCAAACAGCCAAUGCUCAGUUUCCUUUAUGUUAAAAGAUGAUGUUGCAAUUGUCACAGCGCUCCUUUCUGAGGACAUCUUGCUGGAUCACCAAAGAGAAAGGCAAUAUGUCAUACAGUCCCAAACUGGAAACCAGGUUGACCUACAGAUUCGGCUGCCUCAACAAGGAUCAUAUGUACUCCAGAUCUUUGCUGGCAGCAAGUCAUGCCCCACUGCUUUUGAAUAUGUCUGUAAUUACCUGAUUUGCUGUUCUAGCAGUGAAGUCACCAGUCCUACACAGGAUACAGUUAAUUAUAUUGUGGACAAAAUUAUGUUACUCAAUCCAUCUCAGUCGGGUUACAUCAUUGAUAGUCCAAAUGGGCUCUGCACUCUAAGCUUCUCUUUGGAUAGAGAAAGAAACUGCUUGGCCACAUUGCACAGUAAUCAUGCCAAAUGGAAUAAACAAAUGGAACGAAGAUACAUAAUGCAAGUUCAAAAGAAAGAUCACGUUGAAUUUCACAUUCAGCUGCCCAGAGCUGGCUCUUAUGAUCUCAGAGUUUACACAGAUAGCAGAUUGCAACCUGGCAAUUACGAGUUUGUCUGCAGCUAUGUUAUCUCAUGUACCAACACAGAUGUAUCAUGGCCAACUUUCCCAAGCAAACUACAGAAUCCUGUUGGACCCUGUGUACUCUCAGAGAAAAAAGGCCUACUGAAACCAUUGCUUACAGAACCGGUUAUCCACUCUGCUGAUGGGCGUUGCUCUUUAGCUUUCAUACUCAAGAGAGAUAUGGGAAUCUUCGCCAGGCUACAAUCUGAUGAUGUACUUUUGACUGAGGAGGCAGAAAGGAGAUAUGUUUUGCAAGCCCAAAGACAAAAAAGGGUGGAAUUCCAUGUACAGCUGCCACAAGCUGGUAUGUAUGUUUUGAAAAUAUACACAGAGACAGAGCAGGGAACUUUCAAAUUUGCUUGUAAUUACCUUAUUUGUUGUGUUAACUCUCAAGUUAAUUGGCCUCUACUUCCACAUGAACUAAGCAACCCUGCUGGUCCCAGCUGUCUCUCUGAAAAAAUGGGUCUACUUCGUCCAUCUCACCUUGAACCAAUCAUUUAUACUGAUGAUGGUCGAUGCUGUGUAAGCUUUACUUCGGACGCAAAUAUUGAUAUAGUGGCAACACUGCAUGCAGAUGACAUACAAUCAGAUGAUGCUCGAAGGAGGCAUAUAUUCCAAGUUGAAAAGGAAGGCCAAGUGGAAUUCCAGAUCCGUCUUCCCAAAGGAGGAACCUAUGUUCUGAAAAUCUGCAGCAAAAAGAAGUCUGAUCUAAGCAAUGAUUAUGAUUAUGCCUGUAAUUAUCUCCUUUGUUGCUCUAACACAAAAAUAAGGUGGCCAUUCUUCCCAAUGAGGUACAGUGCAUGGAACAACUGUUAUGAAUUAAUUGAGCCACUUACUGGAAUCCUGCCAACAAACAGUGAUGUCCGAUUCAAAAUCAAAGCAAGGCAGUUAGCAGCUGUGUCUGUCAAAGGCAAGAACUUCUAUCCUCUCACAUUAGGUGAAAAUGGAUGUUGGGAAGGGACAUGCAGUACAACAGGAAUCCAGGAUGUUCAAGUGUUGGUGACAAACAAUCUGAAUAAAAGCUACACCUUGGUGCUAAGUUAUCAAGUAAAGGAUGUGAAUCCACAGAGACAGUUAGAAAGUUUACCUUGUCCUUAGUUUAGCAAAUGUGUAUUUCAAGGCCUGUUCCCAGACAAUAUGAAUCAAAAUAAAGAAAUGUCACUGCCACAGCUAAUAGAGCACAUACUGGACAUGCAACAACGAGAGAAUAAGAUGUAUGUUGUGACAGUUACCUUCAACUCAUACCUCUUACAUAGCAACUGAAAACAUGACUCAGAAAUGUCUAUUGUCACAGUGUGCUGUUACAUAAAUUGUCUAAUAAGGGCGUCUUAUAUGUAAUCUUGAUUGUGAAUUUUGCUAUCUUUCAACAACUAAAUUUAUGUGAUUUAAUAAAAAAAAUAGGAUGUACAGUAAAUUCUGAUAGUAGUCAGAAUAAUAAAGGUCACUGUUACCCCUGACUGUUUAUGUAUUAUAUUUAUAAUGUGUUAGCGAUUAGCUUGUAACAUUUUUGUUAUUAAGAUUGUCAGUUUUCCCAAUCCUAAAUGUGGAGAAAGGAGAAGAAAGUUUAGUUUAUUGAACUUUUUUUUUCUUCUAAUGCCAGAGUUUACUUUAUACUGGCAAAUAACACUGCUAAAUUCACUAAGGGAUGUCAUUAGCCUCACCAGUUUUACAGGCCUCACCAGUUCCUAUAGGAGCCAGCUCAUAAAUGUACAAGAGAUAUCAGAGGGAGGGCUUGACCAAAGUCACAUUUCUGUUUCUCAUCUCCGAGGCCUAGAAAGGAUCCAGCAACACCAGGCUAAAUUUAAGGUGUGGCUAGAGGAGGGAAGUGGAGGGCACCAACAGGUGUUUUAUGGGGUUCUAAACCUGGGCACCUGUACCUAAUUUUUAGGCCCCAGUGGCUCACUGGGUUUGUUGAGACCUCUGUUAUUCUAUGCAACUAUUCCUCCCUCAACUAUCCAUUUUAGUUAAUAAACUUCAUGAAAUAACAUACACAUUUGGAGAUGGCGAGGUGAGUGAGGCCAUAGAGUUCUCCUUGAGAACUCUGCACACCACGUAAAAAAAUUAAUCAGGAAAUGCAGCACUAUAUAUUACAAAUACCACAGUUCUGUUAUGUAACUGAUUCUCAAUUGUAUUUUUUAUUAAAAUAAAAGUGAUUUGUUGAUUUUUUUACUUCAAUUAAAAUGUACUGCAAAAUG